AUGAGAAUUCCUCAUCAUGUUAUGUUCUCUGUACUUGUCCUAUUUCUUGUGUCUUCUCUUCUUGGCUCAUCAUUAGCAGCAAAGCUCUGCAGCGAUGGUGACAAGGACGGAGACAGUGGUUGUUACCGGUCUAGGGUUUUGGCUGCGCAACGAGCAGAUCGAGUGAAGGAGCUUCCGGGACAGCCGCCGGUGAAAUUUCGGCAAUACGCCGGUUACGUGACGGUGAAUGAAACACAUGGAAGAGCUUUGUUCUAUUGGUUCUUUGAAGCCACUCAUAAUCCAAACAAGAAACCUCUUCUUCUUUGGCUCAAUGGAGGUAACUCGCAUCCACUCAUUUUUUUUCUUUUUUAUGUAUGCGUCUCUCGGUCCGUAAAAACUAUUGGUUAA